GAUGCAUCUUGGCUGAUCUCAGCCACAAAUCAGCCAGCUCCCUGACCUUGGGAGCCAGCCGGUCCAAUUCGUCUCCGACCCUCGAUGCCAUCCUUCGAGCCCCAUCCUUCCUCCUGGAUUGCUAUCCCUCCAGCCAAGCCAGCCAUGGCCACAGUCAAUGCUCAUCACCAACCUCAGCCACUCCACUCGGAGCAACUCGACGACGGCUGCCUCGUCCAAAGUUGACUCCAAUCUGUCCGCCAUGGAGCGACGUCGUGCGAGGUCAAACAGGAUAAGAAGCCUCGGACCUGCUCGCUCGAGGGGGGCCAUGAUGAUGAUGAUGAUUGUGAUAUGAUGAUAUACAUGUGCUAACAAACAACACAACAACCAAACAUUCAAGAAGCAUUCCACGCAACUCUCGAGCCACCACCACAAUGUCGGCACCCACCAAGACAAUCCUCUUCCUCGGCGCCACCGGCGGCUCUGGCUUCUCGGCCCUGCGCAGGAGCAUUGCGGCCGGCCACUCGUGUAUCGCCCUCUGCCGCACGCCCUCCCGCCUGACCGACAAGCUGCCCGAGUCCCAGCGCAACGCCCCCAACCUGCGCAUCGAGCAGGGCAACGCCGUCGACGUCGACGCCCUCGCCAGGUGCCUGGUCCGCAGCGACAGCCCCGACGGCCCGGCCUCCCUCGUCGAUGCAGUCGUCUUCACAAUCGGAGGCGCCUUUGACCUCAAGAACAUGUCCAACGACCAGCCCCACAUCUGCGAGCACGGCAUGGACGCCCUCGUCACCGCCCUGCGCGCCGCCCGCUCAAAGGCCGCCGCCGCCGCCCCCGCCGCGGGGGGCCCCACCAUCAUAGCCGUCAGCACCACCGGCAUGUCGGACCACGGCCGUGACUACCCCCUCUCGCUGUGGCCCAUCUACGGCGUCAUGCUCAAGCAGCCGCACAAGGACAAGACCGCCAUGGAGGCCCUGGUGUUUGGCAGCGGCGAGGCCUUCACCGUGGUGCGCCCCAGCCUGUUGACCGACGGCGACGAGAGCAGCAAGCCCAUCCGCGUCGGCGUCGAGGACCCAAAGGCGCACAAGCUCGAGAGCAAGGAGGUCGGCUACAACAUCUCGAGGGAGGACGUCGGCAAGUGGAUCUUUGACAACCUGCUCGCCGGCGACGCACGCAGGUGGACCGACAAGGUCGUCUCCAUCACCUACUGAGGGCGGUAGGGCGGCAGGGCGGCAGGGUGGCAGGGCGGGUAACACGGUUUGGUCUGCCAGCCCACGUCCAUGUGUUUGUUUUGUUUCGCGCGGCUAGAUACCUCCCUGCAUGCAGGAUUUCCUUCCGGGCUCCACUAGAUUGUCCCCUGGCGAGUUAGAUAGAUUGAUAUUACGACGGUGAGAUGAGAUAAUAUAUACUGAAGUAUCUUCA